AUGUCCAAAUCCAAAUCCAACCCCCUCAUAUCCCCCGCAACACCAAUAGCCCUUCAACCCCACCAUCUCCUCUCCCCACCCGCAGACCUCCUAACCAACACCGCCACAACCCUAACAAUAUCAUCCCAAGACAAAUUCCCCUCUCCCGUCUACACAGUUCACCGUAUCCGCACACAUGAAGCCCCCGAUAGCCCAGACCGCACCGUCCUCUUCUACACCGUGUUCGGGAAACCAUGGCCCAACACGAGCCGCGUAGUCUGCGACGCGGAGGGCAUGCCAUUGCUCGUAUUACGACGCGCGUGGUUGUCCAGCGUCCGGAAGUGGAGUGUCAGACUUCCGGAUCAGAAUCAGCGGACUGCAGAUUUAUUGGUUGCUUCUAUCCCAUGGGCUGGCGAUGGGCCUGGGUCUAGAGUUGGGGGUGGGGGUGGGGUGAGGCUUGAAGUGCGCUUUGUGAAUGCGCUUGCGAUCAGGUCAGGGUCUGGGGUUGUAGGAAGCGAGAGUGGAAAGACAAGCAGAUUGGCUGUGCCGGACGAGCCGCCGCCGUAUAGUGCUGUUACUGGGGAAGAAGAGAAUGGUCGUUGUAUGGGGGAUGUGGGUGUGGCACAGAGGAACGAGAAAGAGAGAUAUCCAUCACUCCCUAAUUCACAUCCACACCCCGCUCAGAGUCUAAUAACAUCACCGAGUCAUACACGCCAUCCUCACCCUCUCUCCAUUCUCCCCUCCUACGACUCCGUCCGACAAAACUCUCCUAAUUCCAUACGAGAUCUACUCGAUGCAAUUGAGCCGCCGCAAGAGCCGGCGCCGGCUUCACCGUUUCCUUCAUCAUCGCAGAAUUCCCAUGAAAGUUCCAGUCCCGGUCCUGUAGGACAUAAUGCAGAAGCCGAUGCACCCCCUGGCUCAAAAGUCGAGUUGAGAGUGAUGCAGUUAGCUGGGUCCGGUACGGGUGUGAUGAUGGGUAAUCAGAAGAUCAUGCAUAUCACGCGACACAAUGUGAUAGAAUACAGUAAAUCCAAAGUGAAGUCGAGGCCGAGGUGGGAGGUUGAGGUUUCCGAGGGAGUGGAUUUGUUACUGGCUGUGAAUAUCGCGUUGAUUAUGGCUGAGACUGUGUCGUCUCAGAAUAAAUGGAGGUAA